AGAGUGGAACGUGGUGGAAGUGUUGCAAUAUUGGAAUUGGUGCCAUGUUGCACGAAGUAGGACACGCUUUAACUUGUCCGCAUUCUCCAUCAGGCAUUAUGAUGAGAGGGUUCAAUAACCUUAAUCGAACCUUUACGGUCGCAGAACCGAAUUAUAACUCACCUAUCACACCUGCAGAUGAGGAUGAUGCUCACUGGCAUAGAUGUGAUACUAUUCGGUUCCGUUAUCAUCCUUGUUUCCGUCUCCCUUCAGACAAAUCAAAAUCCAAAUCCAAAGAUUUGCAUCCUGACUUUUGGCCAUUGACGGACGCGGUGCUAAUUUGUUCUUACUCAGAAGUUUCGUUAAUCGAGGUUUACGUUAAUGAUAGAUUUCGGUACCAUGAAGAGUAUACUGAUGAUAGAUUGCAUAAUGGCGAUAUCGUGAUAAAAGUAUUGGACAUAAAAACCCGUUUAAAAUGGAAAUCUGGUGAACGUAUUAAAAUAAAAGUCAUAGCAAAAAACCAAACGGAAAAUGAGUUAGAGGAUGUCCAGUCAUUCCCAGAUGAACAACAAAUUAAUCUACCAAUUUAUGGAAGGGUUCUAAAAAGUUCAAAAUUAGGAAGGGGGGGAGGUCAAGAUUUUCAGGCUAUCUUUAGAAAAACGAACGAAUCACACACAUCCGAGUCUUAUCUGACAAAAAUAAUUAUCAGGUUCGGAAGUUAUAUUUCUUCAAUUACGUUCUUCUGGUCAGAUAAUACGGUCUUAACUUCGGGAGAGGGGGGAACAAAUGAAUAUAUUCUUGACUUGGAUAAAGAUGAAAAAGUUUUGGGAUUUAGCGUUAGGUCAGGAUGGUGGCUUGAUGCACUAAAGAUUAAGACUAACAAGAGGAGUAGUGGAUGGAUUGGUGGUAGAGGAGGUGGUUUGCAUCAUUUACAGGUGCCUAAAGGUCAUGAGAUUGUUGGAAUAUUUGGAAGUAGUACGAAAAAGGUUACAACAUCCUUUGGAAUUUUCUAUAAGAAAUUUACCGAUUUUACCGAAAAUCAAACGGAAAAUGAGUUAUAUGAUGUUCAGACAUCUCUGGAUAGACAACAAGUCAGUAUACCAAGUUACGGAAAAAUUAUGAAGGGUGCAAAACUAGGAAAAGGAGGUGGUCAAGAUUUUCAGGCAAUCUUUAGAAAACCGAAAGAGUCACACACACCCGAGUCGUAUCUAGUGAAAAUAAUUAUCAGGUCUGGGAGAUGGGUUGAUUCAAUUAAAUUCUUUUGGUCAGAUGAUACAGUCUCGACUUUUGGAAGUGGGGGACCAAAUGAAUACAUUCUUGCAUUGGAUAAAGAUGAAAAAAUUUUGGGAUUUAACGUUAGGUCAGGAUGGUGGCUUGACGCGCUAGAAAUUAAGACAAACAAGAGGAACAGCGGAAUGAUUGGUGGUAGUGGAGGUGAUUUUCAUCACUUACAGGUGCCUAAAGGUCACGAGUUGGUUGGAAUAUUUGGAAGUAAUGAGGACAACAGGAUUACAUCCUUUGGAAUUCUUUACAAGAAGUCUUGA